AUGUUUAACAGUGCCUGGCAGUUGAGAUUCAGCCACCUCAUCGGCUACGGGGCCAAGUAUUACUCGUACCUGAUGUCCCGCGCCGUGGCCUCCAUGCUGUGGAAGCAGUGUUUCGUCCAGGACCCUCUGAACAGGGAGAUGGGUGAGCGCUACAGGAGGGAGAUGCUGGCCCACGGAGGAGCGAAGGAGCCUAUGCUGAUGGUGGAAGACGACCGCAGCUGUGGGAAAAUGGAUACACGCUCCUACUGUCGCACUCUGCUUUGGUCCCUCUGUGGCUUUGUUCGCUCGGACAGAAAAGCGGAGGUGAACUGGAGUUAA